CUUUCUCGAAUUGACUUCCACUCCCGACUUCCGUCACAGUCAAAGAGACUCUGGCAUACAGAAGUCACCGCAUGACUCUGCCUCCCCUUGCUCCUGUACCCAUCGAUAACGCCACUCCGUCGACGUCGGGCACGCUUUCGCGCUGCCUCGAGCACACGCUCGGCCGAAGCGCUCCGAGCACCUUCGGUCAUGCGAAACAGCCCAUACCAUCAUUGUUGCACGACCGAGAGGCGAUUAUCUCACUGGACGCAUCCCGAAAAUGUCCAGUGUCGGACCCCGGAGCCUGACCACUACGGAACGUCGAUUCGUUGCACAGAAAAGGUCACGGGAUUGGCGGGUCUGAUUGCUCAAUAUGCCCACCGAUCCCUUCCUACCGGAGGGACGACAGUUCCCUCGUACGCGAUCACCCGACGCUGGUGGAGGCAGUGAUCGCAAACGUCGCAGGAAGGUUCUGUCCUGCUACGACUGUCGAAGACGCAAGCUGCAGUGCGACCGCGCUCUCCCUGCGUGUGGGCGUUGCACAAAGGCUGGGCAGGCUGCGAACUGUCUGUAUUUGGAAGAUGCUACUGACGCACCCAUUCGAGAAGAGCCUCUGGUCACUCCUGGUUCACAUAAGCUACCUCCGUUCUACGGCCUCUCUACACGACCUAUUGGUGCAAAUGCACCUUCUGGGGACCUUCUAUCACGACUGGAGUAUCAGGAUGGCCGUAUCAAGCAGCUUGAGGCGGCUCUGGUCAAGGCCGGUGCGCCAAGUGGCAAAGCACAGAUGCCCCCUACACCCGAGUCUAUGGCCGGCAAUGGUGCUUUGGACACUAUGGCUCCAGUUCAGGACCGAGAGACGACCUUGUUGCGUGGCCACUCGUUCCGAACUCAAUUCCAUGGAAACACACAUCCGGGCGCCUUGAUCGCUCGCAUCCCAGAGCUGCACGUAUUUACACGAGAAACGUUUGAACAAUUUCCAGCCCUCUCCCGGAUAAAGGAGGAUAUGGCAUCGCUGGAGGUGCGGACUGAGUACGCAGGGUCCAAACAUGGCUCGGUCGAGGACGAGGCAUUGAAGUCACUACUGCCACCGAGGGCUGAAAGUGAUCAGUUGAUUGAGAUUUAUCUCGAGAACUAUGGCAAUCUGUAUAACGUCCUUCACCUGCCAUCUUUCUGGACCGAAUAUCGAGAUAUGUGGAAUCAGGGGACACCAAGCGCGAAACCUCAUUUUGUCGCUCUUCUGCUUGCCAUGAUGGCUGCUGCUAAAUGCUUGAGUACAACGUCGCCAUGGUUGUACAGAGCCAAUAGCUCGACGGCCCGCGAGACGGCUAUAUCAUGGGUGUCAUCUGUUGAUGACUGGCUUGUCUCGCAGAGCCAGAAGCACGUAUCAGCGAUUGAUUUUCAGCUCAGAGUGGUGCUUCUGUUAGCGAAGAACGUGACCGCUCGUAAAUUUAAACGCACCUGGACCGAAUGCGGGAAUGUGCUUCGCUUUUGCAUGGCGGCGGGUCUGCAUCGAACACCUGAACUGAUUCGCAGACCAACAUCAGUUCUCGACAAGGAACUUCGAAAGCGAGUAUGGGCAGCUGUCACUGAGCUUGAGCUGCAGGCCUCGUUCGAUCGCGGCAUGGUAUCGGCGCCAUGGAAUCUGCAGUCGGACUGCCCGGGGCCAGCUCACGUGCACGACGAUGACAUUGAUCAGGAAACGCAACACCUACCUGCCAUGCGACGAUUCAACGACUUUACUCCCACUUCUUUCCUCUGCCUAGCAAGCGAGUCGCACCAAUUGCGCGCAACUCUUAAUACAUACCUGAAUAAUAUUCGUCAGCCAGUAUUAUUUGAAGAAACCAAGCGCUAUACGGAUGAGAUUGAAUACCAUCUGCAGAACAUUCCCGACUGGCCCGAAGCGCCUUCUGCAGCGAUGGUUCCUAAGGCGAUGCUGGAAAUUAACUUGAGGCAACUAUUACUCGUCCUCCACGACCGCCAACUUCGCACGGCGGAAACUAAAGCGGAGCGCGACUUCAGCCGAAUGAUUCUGGUGGAGACGGCAACAAAGAUGGUACAAGCACAUAAAGCACUCACCUCGAAAGGUAGCUAUGCGCUCGAGCUGCUGUGCUACGAUCAGCUUCGUGCUGGGAUGUCAUUGUGCCACAUAUCCGCAACCAAUCCUCACAGCGACGAUGCGCUUGGGCAUGCAAUCGACAAGGCCGCUUUCGACCUCGUGCCAGAGUGCUGCGAGAUGCUCACAGACAAAGUUAUUCGUUUUGGACGCGAGCAGCGACAACUUUGGAUUCUGCUGGCAGCACAUGGAUACAUGAAGAGCAAGAAAGAUCCCUCGAAAAAACUGAUCUACAUGCAGGAAGCAGUUGAAAAGGUCACGCGACCAUACUACAAGAUCAUGGCAUGUCAAGAGAAUGCUCCUGCACAGCCCAGUGUACCGAAAGGCACGGCGACCACGCAGAUGGCACCACCGCCACGACAAGCUUCCACGCCACGCGAGGCAGGCAUGAGUCAAGCUCAUUCUGUGAUGAGCUUCUAUGCUUCGAGUACAGCGGGUCAAGCAACGGCAGCCGGAGGCAAUGCUGCGAUGGCGGAUCCUACGGCGCCGCUGGAUCUUGAUGAGCUUGCUGCAUGGACGUUUGAAGAUUGGUCUUUCAAUCCCGCAGACUUGGCCGCUAUGAACAUGAGCGGAAACUUCGGACAGACGCCCCAGGGUGGUGGUGGUGGUAUUGAAACAUUCGACGGCGCCGCUCAGUACCCCGAUCGAACUUCGUGACGCCCGCGGACCCUGGUUCGCGAGCCUCUUUUUUUUUCACAAUCACGCGGAAGCCCGACUGCCAACAAAAGUGCAUUCUGGUUGGUCUGGGCAUUCGAGCGACUCCGUAUCUGACGCACUGCCUUCAUACCGCUCUCGGCUGUGCAUCCGGUAACCCUUGGGCACCUGGCACUGGUUAUCCUAUCCGGAGCUCUCGGAAGACCCGCUGUGCUGACGACCGUCACAUGGAGAUGGUAUUAUUAUAUUGGUAUAAAUACACUUCACGUCCGGGGUGUCGGCAGCCGUAGCAUGACACGAUUGGACACUGUCACUUUUGCGCACUGGGAAAGUUGGCCGCGCCACCAAAUAAGAGUAGGCUGUGAUUCGCAGCGCGGUCCGUGCGCGCUGUCCCGAGACGGAAGUUGACUAGCCUAUUUCAGGAGUCUGAGCACAAUAGAGUCCGGGGCGGACGUUGAUCCGAAUAGCUUCCUCCCAGGGCUCCCGAGUCCUUCGUGUCAACGGGGAACGUCCAUGUGCUCAGCGAACAACAUGCCACACAUUCCGAUAGCUUUUCCUUCGGUUUCGUACUGUGAAACGAGAGCAGUGUCGAAUGGUGUGAGGACUUGGCUCUAUGUGCGUCCGAGAAGCAGCGCAGCUGGCCUGGAAUAGAGAUUGCCAACGAAAUAGGCUAUAAUAGCUAUACGACAAGGUUGCUGGAGACUAAUAUAUAUAUACUAUCAAAAGUGCUGCCACCAACAGCUAUCCAUCUCCUCACCAACACACUCUUCUGGACGCUUUU